UCAAGUUAUGAUUUUCUGUACUGAAAAUCAUGGAAUAAUGCGUAAAGAAGUUCUCCGCACUGCUCCGUACAUCGUGUUGAACGUUGACUUAACCUAAAAUUGUGUGGUACGUCAGGUUAUAUUAGGUCAUUAUACAAAACUGGAUUGUGGGCUUAUUAGGAUAUAUUAGAACCAUGUCAUCAGAAAUAAAAAUUGGUACACAUGAUGGUUGUUUCCACUGUGACGAAGCACUGGCUUGUUUUAUGCUGAAGCAACUGCCACGGUAUAAGAACGCUACCAUAGUCAGAAGUCGUGAUCAGGCUAUCUUGGAUACAUGUGAUAUUGUAGUCGAUGUUGGAGGAGUGUAUGAUCAUUCCAAACAUAGAUAUGAUCAUCAUAUGAGAGACUUUAAAGAAUCUGUAAGCACAGUGAUUAAUAAGCCAGGAUAUAAUUGGACUAUUAAAUUAAGUAGUGCUGGUUUGGUAUAUUGCCAUUUUGGUUUUGAAAUUAUUAAGGAAUUAAUACCUGAAGUGAACGAUGAAACCGACAUUAGCAAUAUUUUUAAGAAAGUCUAUGAUACAUUAAUUAAAGAAAUUGAUGCUAUAGAUAAUGGUAUCCCAAUGUUUGAUGGAGAACCAAAAUAUUGCAUAGUGACAAAUUUAAGUGCUCGCGUAUCAAGACUGAAUCCUAAUUGGAACAGUAAGGAUUUGAAUGUCGAUGAGCAGUUUUAUAAAGCUAUGGCACUUGCUGGAGAAGAAUUUUUAGAAUUUGUAAACUACACAGCAAGAGUAUGGUGGCCUGCGAGGGCUAUAGUACGAGAAACUGUCAUGAAGCGAUUCGACGUUGACCCAACCGGUGAAAUACUUGAAUUGACGCAACGUGUACCGCGGAAGGACCAUCUUUUCGAAUUAGAAGAGGAAUUGGGGUUAGGUCCUUUAAUAAAAUACGUAAUCUUUAAAGACAAGUUUUAUAGAGUGCAGGCAGUUCCAGUGUGCGAAGGUAGCUUCAUUACUAGACUUUUUCUACCGAGUGCAUGGGCUGGAUUACGCGACGAGGAAUUGUCAAGUGUUUUAUUUUAUUUAUGAAUGAAUGAAUUAAUAAUGUAUGUCAAUUUAUAUGAACUUGUACUUAAUGCAAGAUUUGACCACUAAUAUCUACUUUAUCCAUUGUACUCAUCCAUCAUACUCAUACUCAUCCAUUGUUUCUGCAUAUGAUCAACGAAUGUCACAACAAAUUAUUGAAAAGGGUUUCUAUGCCAAAAACGCUCAGAUUAUAGAGAUUAAGUUUGUACUCUGAGAACAUCACACUUAUUAUUUAGUAUAUGACGUGUCGUUCUCUGAGUUAAUAUAGUUCAAUGCAACUUUCCUUUAUAUCUGUUUAAUAUGUGUCGGUAAAUUAUCGAAUGUUAACAAAAAAUGUA